GUUCAUCAUGCCUAGUGGCAUAUAAAAAGACUCCACCUCCUGUCCCACCGCGGACCACAUCAAAGCCGUUCAUCUCUGUCACUGUGCAGAGCAGCACUGAAUCGGCGCAGGACACCUACCUGGACAGCCAGGACCACAAAAGCGAGGUGACCAGCCAGUCAGGACUCAGCAAUUCCUCAGACAGCUUGGACAGCACCAGGACACCCAGCGUGACGAGGGGAAGCGUUGUGGCUCCAGCAAGAGACACUCCAGAGUUACCUCAGAAAAAUGCAACUUUGAAAAGUGACAAAGGGACUCUGACCAGCGAAGAGCCUAAAGUGGAGAAUAUCCCCAAAAGAAAGCUGUCAUCUAUAGGAAUACAAGUUGACUGCCUUCAGCCAGUGGCAAAAGAGGAGCCUCCUCCACCAGCCACCAAAUUCCAGUCCAUCGGGGUACAGGUAGAGGACGAGUGGCGAAACAGCCACUCUCGCAGCAUGUCCACCAAACAGGACACAGACUCUGACACACAGGAACCUAAUAACUCUAGCUGUAAAUCAUCUGAGAGAAGCCUCGCUGAGUGCCCCCAACACAACAACUCCGUUGGUGGUGAUGCCACUACCAGGCAAGCAGCCAAGCCCUCACAGAUUAAGAGAAACCUCUCCUAUGGAGAAAACAAUGACCCAGCCCUGGAGCCUUCCUCUCUCCCUCCUCCUGACCCCUGGCUCGAGACGUCCUCCACCUCACCAUCAGAACCCACACAGCCAGGAGCCUGCCGGCGGGAUGGAUUCUGGUUUCUGAAGCUGCUGCAGGCGGAAACAGAGCGGUUAGAAGGCUGGUGCCGCCAGAUGGACCAGGAGACCAAAGAGAACAAUCUCUCUGAAGAAGUCUUAGGAAAAGUCCUGAGUGCAGUGGGCAGUGCACAGUUACUAAUGUCACAGAAAUUCCAGCAAUUCCACGGCCUCUGUGAACAAAACUUGAACCCUAAUGCCAAUCCCAGACCCACAGCCCAGGACCUAGCUGGGUUUUGGGAUCUCCUCCAGUUGUCCAUUGAAGACAUCAGCAUGAAGUUUGAUGAGCUGUACCACCUGAAAGCAAAUAGCUGGCAAUUGGCAGAGACACCGGAGAGAAAGGAAGAGAAGAAACCGCCCCCUCCAGUGCCAAAGAAGCCAGCCAAGUCCAAAUCCCAGCUGAACCGGGACAAAGCCUCCGAUUCGGACAAGCAGCGCCAGGAAGCUCGCAAGCGCCUCAUGGCAGCCAAGCGAGCAGCCUCUGUGAGGGCGAAA